UGGAGCAAUAACUUCAUUGGUGGACCCUGGACAUCGAUAUCGAUUGGAAAGCCGGAAGCCGGAAGUUGGCUGGAAGCAACUGGAAUCUGGAAGUCUCCUGUCGCAGCCUCCAUUUAAGAUUUCCUUUGAAAUAUUAAAAAAAAGAGUAGAAAGAAGACAAAUUAAGUAUUUUUAAGCAUUAAUGUAAUAAAUCCACGGUGUUGUUCGAUAAAAAUAGUCGAGAAUGUGCAUCGUGUGAUUCGGUUCGUUGGUAUUUGUUUCGGACACUUGAAUUUUUUAUAAUAUUGUUAUUUCUAAAAAACAAAUUUCAUGUAAAAUAAAAACGUCACGUGACGAAAUCGGUGAAUGUGAUAAAAAUUAUCUUUUGGGUCGCUUAUACAAGUAGUUGAAUUAUGUCCACUGAACCGAACAUUUUUAAUUAAUAGAUUACAAAGAUUAAUUUAAAUAAGAGUAUCAAAUCUUCAAAAUGAUUAAAUUAUUGUGGCGGUGUUUGUUUUCACCGCGGCUCUAUAGGGCCUAUGGCGACGCAGUUGGUAUUACAGAACAUAUACAAAACUUUCCAGAGAAAGUGACAGACAAAAUUAUAACAACAAUCCAUAAUGUAGCCAACAUAGGCAUAUACACAACCCCCUUUAUUUUGACAUACAUUUAUAGGAGGGGGUUUACAUUGGCAGAUGUAGACAUUAUUGUCUACAUAAUUUUUGGUGUAGGCACCAUCUUAUCCUUGUCAUACCUGGUUCGAGCAUAUGGAAGAGCAUCUAAUCCAAAAUAUGUAGAGUUUGUUAAUACUCUCAAUAAUAAGAAAUAUGAUCAACAAGCUUAUACACGAAGUGUAAGGAAAUAUGAUUUUGAUUUCAAAGCUUGGCCAACAGCAUUUGCAAUGCCACCCAUGCCUAGUUCAACUUGGCAUGAUAACAAACCAUUUACUAAAUGUGCAAAUCCAGAUUUGCCAUAUUAUCACAGAGUCACAAUUCAACUUCUUGCAUAUAUUGCAAUUCAUACAUUUGCCCUGCGUAUCAUAUAUCCAGGAACUCUUGGCAUUAUUCAGAAUAUGUUGUGGUUACCACUAUUUGAAGGCAGAUCAUAUCUUGUGGAGACUCUAAAUGGGAAAAGGGCAAAGAUUGUGACAGCAGAUAGAAAUGCUAUAGACACAAUGUUUGUAGACAAAAGGCUUGAAUCUGAUAAUGGGGAAACACUUGUCAUUUGCUGUGAAGGCAACACAGGCUUCUAUGAAAUUGGAAUAAUGACAAUACCUAUUAAGGCUGGCUAUUCUGUAUUGGGAUGGAACCACCCUGGUUUUGGUGGAAGCACUGGGCUCCCUUUCCCACGUCAAGAGCAGAAUGCUGUUGAUGCUGUUAUUCAGUAUGCAAUUACGGAGCUGGGUUUUGAUGUGGAGACCAUUGUAAUGUAUGGCUGGAGUAUUGGAGGUUAUCCUGCAACAUGGGCCGCAGUGAAUUAUCCAGAGAUAAAAGGCUUGAUUCUGGAUGCUUCCUUCGAUGAUUUGCUGCCAUUAGCCAGAAAACAAAUGCCCGAAUCUUGGUCAAGAUUAGUGAAGGAAGUGGUUCGGUCGUUUGUAAACCUGAAUAUAUCCGAGUUGUUGGAUACAUAUUCUGGCCCUGUUCAACUAGUGCGAAGAACCGAAGAUGAAGUUGUCUGUCUCAGACCCGGACAACUUGCUACAAACUGUGGGAACGCUCUGCUUAUCAACCUGCUACAAAAGCGACAUCCUUAUCUAUUUGAGGAGGCGAUUCUGGAGAGCAUCAAAGCGUGCACUGCUUUGUCAGACCAGCAACGCAUAGUGUUCUCGCGUGAGGAUAUCCCUGAUUACAAACGAAAAAUUUUACGUCUGAUAGCGAAGUACUCGCGUGAUUUUCGGUCAACCCACUGCACUCUGUUGCCGGAGGAUAUUUUCGAAGCUAUUAUGGAUAGCAUUAACAAUGAUAAAUAAAUUAUGUACUUAUAUCAAAUGAUUACUGGACACCCUGCUCAUGCUGCUUAAUAAGGGAAUUUUAUUUAAAAAAGUUAUUUAUUUAUUUUGAUUAAUAUCGCGCAGUCUUUUGUUAUUCAAUACUUAUUCAAGUUAUACUUCUUUUGCACUGCUAUAUAUCCAAACUAGCUGUUGCCCACAACUUCUUCCGCGAUCACUUACGCCUAUAUACCAGAAAUACAUACCCUCAGGUUUAUAUAAUUAUAGUCACCUGAUUUAUAAAAGAAAAGUUUAAAAAAAUACUGUUAAUAAAACCUGCAAUGUUCUACAGUUAAUGAAAAAAAUAAUAAAAAAGAAUAAAAUUAAGGAAUAUUAAAUAUAAUAAUAAUAAUAGUAUGGGUGUUUAAUUAGCAUCCUCAAUACAAUACCAAUUUAAUCAAUUGCUGUCAUUUCAUGCAGUAAAAAUAGAUAUUAAAUAAAUUUGAUCAGCUGCUUCCAUAUUCUAAAUGCUGAAAAUUCAUUAGAUUUAUUCAGAGUUACUGUAGAUCGGAUCGAUAAAAGACGGUGACGAUGGUAAAUAAAAAAAACUGCGUAUAUUUAGUUCACAUAGCUUUUGUAAAGCAUUCCAUAUGGAAUAAGUAAUAUUCUUUUCUUUAUCGGAGACGAAUCGUCACACCUUGAACUCUAUUAUUACAACCAAUAAAAGAGGUCAGUGUUGAGUAAGACUUACAACGCUGGUAUUUCUAAAAUAAACAGUCUUGAGGCAUUGUUGUUCCUUAGUAUUUGAUGGAAUCUAUUGUACAGCUCUGUUCAAGUAUAUUGAAAUGGAAAUGCUUAAAAUUAUUUUGUGAUAAACGCCAAAGAAGUAUAACUACUUAACAAUAACUAUACAAACAUGUUUUGUUGCAGGCAAUAUAAAUUAUUCCAAAUUAUUUAAAAUUCAAUGUAUUUCUUAGAUUCUUACCUUUAGCAUAAGUUUUUUGAGACUUUUACCUAUCAAAUAACAAAUUUUCUUUUAUUUAUUUUUAUAGCAUAUGUUGCUUAACGGCAUUUUGGAAAUUAAUGGAAUACACGUCACAAUUAAUGUUUUGUGAAUAUAUUAUCAGCAAUCUCAGUAACAUUCUAUUUACAGUUUAACCAUUGUAAUCUGUUUUAGAAAUAACAUUGGAUGUGUAGUUGACAUACUUUUGUCUUUUUAAUAUAUAAUCAAUGUUUUAAUAAAAUACCUUCGUGCAUUUCUUGUGAACAAGUUUAUGAUAAUAACUGGCAGCCUUUAAGCUGACUGCACAUUGGCUACUUCCAAGUUUGUUGUAGACUCGUGCUACUAAAUUGAGUAGCUGUAGUCUGAAAAGUAGCAAGUGUGUCAUCAGCCUUAAUAAUAUUAGCUAAGUAAGUAUACACUAAACUCUGUAAGGUCCAUGACAUGACUGAAUCUAGACUGAAUCUAGAUUCAGUCUUAUGUUGUAUGUAAAAAGAAUUGCAAUGAUAAUUAUGACUAGUUAACAAUUAUUUAUUACUAGUUUAUCACUUGUAUUAUUUAUUACUUAGUUUAUCACUUGGAUUAUUGGUUCCAACUAAAUCCCGCGGGAAUAUUCAUUCCCAUUUCUUUAAUAAUAUUAAGUGUGCCGUUCUAAGUUAGCUGUACCUUUUAAAGUUCCAUACGUCAUAGAUUCAGACCUUUGAUGCGAUAAUAUUAAUGUGAAGUGUAAUUCUUUAGUGUACAUGACUGGACCUUACAAGGUUUUAUUUAUAUGUUUAAUAAUUUCUUCUUGUAGAAUCAAUGGUAUUCGUAGAUACAUAUUUCAAUGAAUUUGAAUGAAUGUAUGAAUCAUACAAUUACUUACUAAAUAUUUUCAUAAUAUUUAAUGUAUUUUUAUUAUUGCAUUAAACUUACCGAUGUGUUAACGUCCCGCCUAAAAUCAGGUACUUACUUUGUUGUGAUUUAGCAGCCAGAUUCAUUUAUUUUAUUGUCAAUAGAUAUACUAUUAUUGUACACUGCGCUAUUUAAUUUGUUUUUAUUAUAUAGCCAUAGAAGCAUGACCUUUAUAUUUUAUCGAACAUUAAUUGAUUUCGAAUUGUUUAUUAGUGUAAUGAUAUGGAUGUAUGAAAAAAAAGAAUGUCUAUUUUAUUAAUAUUCAAUGUAUUUUUGUCACGGUAUUGGACAUCUAUUUAAUAUUCUUGGUGUAGCAGAGAAAUAAAUGUGAACAUUUCGAAA